AUGUCCCGCGCCCUGGGGUUCCGAGACACUGGACCGCCCACCGCCGCCGCCACUGCCUCAGCCUCCGUCCAAAACCCAGCCACCAGAAGACCCGAGACUCGGGACCGCCCACCGCCGCCGCCCCCGCCGCCGCCGCCGCCGCCCCACUCCUUCAUCAAACAGGAGCCAAGCUGGGGCGGCGCGGAGCCGCACGAGGAGCAGUGUCUGAGCGCCUUCACUGUCCACUUCUCCGGCCAGUUCACCGGCACAGCCGGAGCCUGCCGCUACGGACCCUUCGGUCCUCCUCCGCCCAGCCAGGCGUCCUCUGGUCAGGCUAGGAUGUUCCCCAGCGCGCCCUACCUGCCCAGCUGCCUCGAGAGCCAGCCCGCUAUUCGCAACCAGGGAUACAGCACGGUCACCUUCGACGGGACGCCCGGCUACGGCCACACGCCCUCCCACCACGCGGCUCAGUUCUCCAACCACUCCUUCAAGCACGAGGACCCCAUGGGUCAGCAGGGCUCGCUGGGCGAGCAGCAGUACUCCGUACCGCCCCCGGUCUACAGCUGCCACACCCCCACCGACAGCUGCACUGGCAGCCAGGCCCUGCUGCUGAGGACGCCCUACAGCAGUGACAAUUUAUACCAAAUGACCUCCCAGCUUGAAUGCAUGACCUGGAAUCAGAUGAACUUAGGAGCCACCUUAAAGGGAGUUGCUGCUGGGAGCUCCAGCUCAGUGAAAUGGACAGAAGGGCAGAGCAACCACGGCACGGGGUACGAGAGUGAUAACCACACAACACCCAUCCUCUGCGGUGCCCAGUACAGAAUACACACCCACGGCGUCUUCAGAGGCAUUCAGGACGUGCGGCGCGUGCCUGGAGUUGCCCCGACCCUUGUACGAUCAGCGUCUGAGACCAGUGAGAAGCGCCCCUUCAUGUGCGCGUACCCGGGCUGCAAUAAGAGAUAUUUUAAGCUGUCCCACUUGCAGAUGCACAGCCGGAAGCACACUGGUGAGAAACCAUACCAGUGUGACUUCAAGGACUGUGAACGAAGGUUUUCUCGUUCAGACCAGCUCAAAAGACACCAGAGGAGACAUACAGGUGUGAAACCAUUCCAGUGUAAAACUUGUCAGCGAAAAUUCUCCCGGUCUGACCAUCUGAAGACACACACCAGGACUCAUACAGGUGAAAAGCCCUUCAGCUGUCGGUGGCCCAGUUGUCAGAAAAAGUUUGCCCGGUCGGAUGAAUUAGUCCGUCAUCACAACAUGCACCAGAGAAACAUGACCAAACUCCAGCUGGCGCUUUGAGGGGUCCAACCUGGGGACAGUCCUGUGUCCCAGGCAGUAAAGAGGAUGGACUGCUUUCAAAUUCCUCCUCAGUCACCUCUCUAAGAAGGAAAUGGCAUUUGAUCUUCUUCUCCCACCUUCCAAGACAAGAUACCUGUACUACUGGAUCCUACCAGGUUUGCCUGGAGGAGUUGGUCUCUGCUCUGCCAACUUUUAGUUGACUCACAGGCCCUGGAGAAGCAGCUAACGGUGUCCGGUUGGUUAAAAGUCCAUCGCCAUUUGGUCUGGAUUUUUCACUGUAAGAAGAGCCAUUGUUGAUAAUGUCCCCCACCCUCCCCUUUUCCUUUGACGCUCGUUUUCACUAGGAAUGGAGUUAUUGUACCAUUUUCCAUCAUGGAAUAUUUAUAGGCCAGGGCAUGCGUAUGUGUCUGCUAAUGUAAACUUUGUCAUGGUUUCCAUUUACUAACAGCCACAGCAAGAAAUAAAUCAGAGAGCAAGGCACUGGGGGUGAGUCUCGUCCGACAUUCCGGAGGUCAGGCAGGCUGCUAACCUGGAAGACAGGAUGUAGUUCCACCAAGGCAACUUUUAAACUCAUGCGUUUCAAGCAGCUGAAAAAAGAGUCAGAACUAACCAGUACCUCUGUUGAGAAAUCUAAAAGAAUCUUACCAUUCAGUUGAUUCAAUGUUAACAUUAGCACAAUGCUCUUAAGAAACUGUGUUUGAAGAUCUGGGAUUUUGUUUUUGUGUUUUUGACUUGUAAUCGUAUGCAUCUUCAAAGAUGUAUGUAUCUCCUCACACAAAGGAAGUGGAAUUCAUUUUCAUCAUUUGGGGUGUCCUUAGAGUGUACAGACCAUGCUGGUUUAUGUGGCUUCAUUAAAAUGACUUUAAAAGAAAGUAGGGGCUGGUCCAGGAUCUCCAUUGAUAAGACUGUUCUUAACUAACUUAAGUAACUUUGUAUCUACAAGUAUAUGUGAAAAAAAUGAGACUUACUAGUGUGAGGCAAUCCAUUUGUUUAAAGGUCGCUUGGGGUGUGAGUGUGUGUGUGUGUGUGUGUGUGUGUGUGUGCUUUAUUUUGUCUUGUUUUUUAGGGAGGGAGUUUAUUAUUUACUGUUGCUUGAAAUUAUUGUGUAAAUAUAUAUAUCUGAUCAUGAUUUGUUCUUUGACAACUAAAAUUAGGAAAUGUAUAAAUAUUAGAUGCAUCACUGUUUGGGUGUUGUUAUUACAAUGUAUUGAUGAUAACACUAAAAAUGUAACAUGCAUUUUUCACUUUGCUCUCAAUUAAAGUCUAUUCAAAAGGAAAGUGGAAA